CCGAGGGCGUAUUCAUAGGCCUGUUUUCGUGUGUAAUUUUCCUUCGUGCAUCCGUGUUAACGCCAUGUUCUCCGCGGUAUGUGUGUUAUUCGUGAACGCAAUCAAACGAGUCCUCGUCAACGCAGUUUAACGCGACUGUAAGUAAAGGCAGGCAGCGGGCGCCUUCACCGGCGCGGCCCUCGGCGAUCGGUUUGUUUGGAUGUGUUGCGCGCACGGUUCAACUUUUGACUACCGUGGUUGCGCGUUGUCGCAGUACAGUGAUGAUUAUAUGCCAGUGCUCAUCGUGAAACUGCACAAACCGCAUCACUGCUGAUGGAGCUGCCACGUACGUACACGGUGGCGCUCAAGAAGACCUUUUCUGAAGAGAAUGCGCGCCUGGCGAUUGUCACUUGCAGUCGUAACAUUUACAAAGUGACAGCUGGCCUCCAUGGGGCGGUGCAGACAGGGGAGUGUCAUUGCUGGAGACCUCCUGGCUGUCCACAGGAAAUGGAAGAAAACAUGCUGUUUUCACAACGCGGACGACACCGUGUCAAAGGAGGUUAUGGAAGAAAGACUGAGAGCAGUGCACUGGUACCCCUUGCAGCAAUUGGGUACCACAGCACUAAGGAAGAGGACUUCCUUUGCUCCGUUUUUCCGUGGACGAGCUGCACUAUACGUGAAGCGGAUAAAUACACCGAAUUCCUUGGCUGCUUCAGCAUGGCCGCGGCUGUCUGCAGUGCGCAACAGCUGAAAAAGGAAACAAUGAAUUGUGGUGUCACUGGACGCUAA